AUGAGAUUCAAACCGCUCGAAAGGAAAGAAACCAUUAAGGCCAGCAGCCGACGGCUGUUUGAGUUUUAUUCAACCUGCAACAAAGACAGACGAAGAGACGAAGAAAGGAGGAGGAGGAAGAGAGGAGGAGAGGAGGAGGAGAGGAGGAAGAGAGGAGGAAGAGAGGAGGAAGAGAGGAAGAAAGGAGGAGGAGAGGAGGAAGAGAGGAGGAAGAGAGGAAGAAAAGGUGAAAGAGAGGAGAGGAGGAGCUGCAGAGAGGACCUAAGAGUGCUGAUGGAGGAGGAGGAGGGUGACCACUAA